UACACCACAGCAUGUAUCAUCACUUAAAGUGGGUGCCGUUAAACCAGUGAAUAAGGUAGCUUCGAAAGAAACAGCCAUGUCAUCAGGAGCGCCUCCAGUUGCUGAUGAAGAGAGAACUGAAUUGCUCGGGUCGUUGACAACACAGCAGCAACAACGGACCAGCGCUAGAGUUAUCAAGAAGCUGAGACUAGAACCGCAGGCUGAUAAACGAGAUGCAACAGAAUGUGAAACACCGAACAAAGCCGAUGACAAGGAUCCGCUAAAGUUUCCAACCGUAAAGCAGAGAAUGCCCAAAGCCCUGUGGUCUGCCGAUGAGAAGAGUUUAUUUUUUGAAGCGCUCAACGAAUACGGGAAGGACUUUGAUGCUAUUACUGCCUAUAUUUGCGCUAAGAUGAAGAAAAAGGGAAUGUCAGACGGUAACUUGAAGACGAAGACCCAAGUCAGCCAUUUCUAUUACAGGACGUGGCACAAGCUUUCGAAACACGUACGCUUUGACGAAAAUGUCAAAAAAGUAGCCCAAGAGCUAUAUGCUCUAAUAAAUUAUGGUGAGCUUCGUCGUAAGCUCACCUCCGUGAAUGAGAAGACCUGUGCUCGUUUGGGGGAAAUGGUGAGGGGGGGCAGUAUGGCGGUAAGAGUGAGGGGCAAGACCAUGAGGGUUAGGACACCUAUGUGCAGGGCUCUGAGGAGGUUGAACCAAAUUGCGGAGGUGGCGUGCGGCGCGCGCGUGUGCUCCCGCGCGGCGGUGUCGCUGCGCGCGCGGGACGCGGCGGCGUGGGCGCGCGUGCAGGCCGCCGCGCACAACCCGCGCGCCGCCGCCGCGCUGCCGCUGCGCACCGCGCUGGCCGCGCUGCUGGCCGCGCUCGAGGCCCGCUGGGCUUCAAAUACCAAAAAAUCAGUAACAGAAAACGGUAUGGAUACCAAAGUGAACGAAGAACAAAAUAAAGAUUUAGAAGAAUACCAGGAUAUGCAGGAUGCAGACGAUCUAGAAGAACAUCUACAAUUGGAGACAGAUAGGAUCAUAGUAGAAGAACAACGUCUACCCAAAAAGCUUGCACUACACUUGGGACCCCGACAAGGCAUAGAGAUCCACCUGCCAGUGCUCAGUCCGAGCGAGCAACUCUCCAGUCAAAAGAUAUGCUUCUCUUCGUAUUUAGAGAGGAUGGGAUCCAUGAGGCGGGAUAAGGAUAGUGGCGUCAAAAUCCGAACACCUAAACGUCAAAGAAAAGACAGCGUAACAGACAAAGAUAAGGAAACGGAGAAAAAAUUCAAGCUAGACGAUACUGAACCGACGAAAUUGAUGCACAUCGAUGAAACAGCGAUAGACGGAAUCGAACUCAUGGCCAACUACAAACAUAACCACGAAGACGAUGAGAAACCGAGCACAGAAGAUGAGAAGGAGAUGAAAUCUGAAGAAACCCCUGAGGAAGAAGGAGAUAGAGAUAUGCCAGAAAGAGACAAAGAUAUGUCAGAGAGAGAAAAGGACAGCUUUUCGGAAAUGGAAGACGAUGAGAAGUUUAAUAAGAGUGACACGGAUAAUGAAAGUGACGGCAGGACGGAUAAGAGUCAGAAAGAACGAAAAUUUAAGAAUUUAAAGGUGAAAUUCCGAAUACGUCCCAAGAAACGUGGAGGGAGUAUAUACACGUUGGUACUAGACAAGGGUGCUGAUGAUGCGAAAGCCGAAGACCAUAAAGGCGACGAAUCCAAGAUCGAAGACUCCAAGGUCGAGGACACAAAGAUCGAGGAGAAAGAGGAAGAAACCAAACCAGACAUAGAUGUGGAUAUGGCUAUACGUCAGAUAAAAAAGGGUUGGAGCGUGUAUGAUGCUGGCGAACUUACGAUUGGAGAUUUGUAUUUGAUGUUCGGUUCACGUUCAAAACUCGAAUUAGAUUACUGGUGGGCGGAACCGACCCCCCCUCUACCGCAACCGGUCAAAUCCGUCAAGCUAGCGGAACCGAGCGACAGAGACAAACUAGUAGACAAGCGACUUGGGAAUAAGACGCCAGAAAAGGAGAGUAUUGAAGAUGAGCGGGAAAAGAGGGAGAGUGACACAGAUAUCUUCUCUCCUAAGAAUACAUUCAGUCAAGAUAGCAAUGAUGGAUUAUCGGGAGAUGAGAGGAAAUGUGAACAAAUAUCGUCUCCGGACCACAAAUCAUCGGGUAGCUUAAAGCUUGUAAGUAAGCUCAUCAACCGCCCCGCUCCACAGUCGCCGCCGCGCGGGCUCUCUUUACUCAGCGAUCGGUUGAAGCGCCUGCUGGCGCUGGCCGGCAACAGCCACGUGGCGCCGCCCGCCCGCCGGCAGAAGCAACAGCCCUGCAGUUCCCAGAAUCCAAUAAACUUUUCAACAAAAGUGACGGAUACCAAUUCAACAAUAUUCAGACACCCAACGCCUAUCGCGCCCAGAACAGACGCUGAGAACCAACGCGCAUUGACCCUAGAUGGGUUACCAAAAUGGCGUCGCGGAAGACCCAGAAUGUCAGAUAGGGUAGUUGUACAAAGGCUCCUCCCACUGCUACCUAAACUACCCCCGCCUAGCAAUUUAAUACCAGUCAAAAUGGUGUCAAAUACGAAUCCAGCGCCACCGCGCAUCUUACCUAAACCUCCGCCUACUCCUUCAUCAGAUUUGUCAUCACUCUUCUACGUUCUAAGUGAGUCCAACGGUCAAUUCUUCUUUCACGACGGUGACAGGAAGAUACCAAUUACGCCUUUGGCAGAAAACGAUCAAGAAGAAUCAAAGACAGACGAAGAGGAAGAACAAAGAGAUAACAAAGAUAUCAAUAACAUUAAAGUGGAAACUUGUUCAGAGUCCAAUGAGCAGAAGAAUGGAUCCAAAGCGGAACAGACGGAUAUUGCCAAUUUCCUGCCUGGCGAGUCGGUGUCGCUGUCGCCGUCACAACUUUUGCGCGACGCGGACGGCUGGCUGGAGGGCGCCGCGCAGGACUUCUCGCUCAGCAGCUUCCUCGGACACCUCGAGGCGCGCCCCGACCUGCCGGUGGACUCCCAUCUCCAGUCACUAAUGGCGGAAUCCAGUGUCGACUACGUGGCGAAGUUCGCCGACCUCGCGGCUGAGGUCACUGAAGAACCAGAUCUCUUCAACAAUUGAAUAUUGUAUGAACUGUGCAUGUAAUGCGGCACACAUUGAAGCACAUUUAUAUGUGUACGUGUGCUAGAAAAUACGAAGCAUGCAACACGUAUUUGCAUGCGUAUUUGUAAAUAUAUAAUUAUGAUUAAAAAGAAAUUGACUAUAUUUAAAAAUGAAUGCACGCAUGUUUUAUUAUCAUGUAUUAAGAAAACUAAGAACGAUAAAUUGAUAAUGAAUUUUUAUUGUACAAAAA